UGGCAGCAGCGCUAUGCAUUCCUUCAUGGCCACAAUUUACCAUCUUCCAAUGGCUACUCCCUGCAUUAGGCCUCCAUGUCACAAGGCGAAAGUCGUCUCAGACUGGUUUCAGGAACGUGAAAAUGGGUUCGGUGUACUCCAGGGGACUCCCCAGUCACGAGAUCCGGAUCCAAUAGGCCUUCGGAAUGUGGCAGAACAGGAGAUUGGCAGAGAUAAAUAUGCAGCUGAAAAAAAUCUGCAGAAAUGAUGUGAUGCAGUCGUGUCAACGUGGAGCAGAAUCUCAAAAGAAAGUUUCACACAUCUCGUGCAAUCAGUGUUGCGAGGAACUGAGGCUGUUUUGAGAGCAAAGGGAGGCCCUACCCGGUACUGGUACGGUGUUAAUAGUAGUGUACUUGGUGGUGGUCCGUUUGCUUUUGCAAAUACUGCAGCAUCUCCUCUCCAAGCCACCCUCUGGCGCGCGAUUGGCCCGCCGUGGCCUUCCUUCCUCCAAUCACAAGGCCGCUGGGGCUCCGCCCGCCACAUCACAAGUAUGGCGGCACGCGGAGCAGGAGUUCCGCCUACACGCUGGUGGCAGCGUCGUUUUACGGGCUUGACACCGACGCUGGCCGCCCUCGGGCACCGCAGAUCUGUUGCUCGGCGACGAGCGGCGGUCCCCGAAGUCAACUAAUCGAGCCGCGAGCAACUUGGCCGCAUCCCCCGUGCAUCCCCAGACGCACGGCUGCUUUUCGGCCCGGGUCAGACUUGACGGACGGCGGAUGAAACCCCAGUGCUUGCCCCGUUGACCUGCGCCGGACCGCCGCCGCCUGAACUCCCCUCCGCGAUUAACUCGAGUAGUUUACUGUUUGCUAAAGAGUUUUAGAAAUAGCAUAAUGGAUUUGCUCGGGGUGCUGCAUUUGGACGAACUGUCCCGCGGGCUGGCAAACUUGUCCAUGUUUCCGUACUUCGACAUGGCGCACUACAUGGUGUCAAUCAUGGCUCUGAGGGAGCAGCCAGGAGCUCUCCAGGUGUCCAGAGUCAGCCCCUUAGCCUGCUGGUUCAGCUCCAUGCUCUUCUGUUUCGGCGGCGCUGUGCUGUCCGGGAUCAUGCUGGCCGAGCCACCCGUAGCACCUUUGACCAACAGCACCAGCGUUCUGCUUGCGUCGGUCAUCUGGUACCUAGUGUUUUACUGCCCCAUGGACCUGGUGUACUGCGGUGCUGCCCUGCUGCCUCUCAGACUGGUGCUGUCAGGAAUGAAGGAAGUAACCCGGACGUGGAAGGUGCUCGGAGGGGUCACCCAGGCUCACAGCAAAUACAAAGAUAGCCUGCUGGUCAUGAUUGCCAUCGGCUGGGCUAAAGGUGCUGGAGGUGGUCUGAUAAGUAAUUUUGAGCAGCUUGUUCGAGGUGUGUGGAAACCAGAGACUAAUGAGCUCCUCAAAAUGUCUUACCCAACCAAGAUCACCCUGAUAGGGGCGGUGCUGUUUGCUCUGCAGCAGACCCACUACCUGCCGCUCCAGAAGCACCACCUGAUGCUCCUCUAUACCAUCUUUACCGUCGUCAACAAGUCGAGGAUGAUGCUGACAGGCUCCUCCGCCUCACCGUUUGCUGCCAUCGAGUCGGCCAUAUACAAGACCCUCUUCACUGGCUACUCCCCUUAUGCCGCCCUCACUGGCGAGGUAAAGAAACCAUGUACUGAUAAUGGCACAAUAGACAGGACAACCUCCACCGCCACAACCAAAGAGUCCGGUGAGACCAGAGCAGCAGGGAGACACACCCCGGUUUCUGCUGCCAAGGGACAAAGUGAGUCGCUCAAAGCCAAAGAGGAGUCAGAGAACGCAGAGACAACAAACUGCAAAAAGACCAACUAGUCAGCCUUUGCCCCUUAGCGCCUUUUCACCUCUAAGCUGGGUUGUGGAGUCAUUUCUGAUUCAGAUUUUUCAUAUCAGGACUUAAACUUUCUGUUCUAUUUUUCUUUUACCAAGAAACAUGUCCUGUUGGCUGUUUUUAUUCCAUUAGUUCCAUUUAU